GACCAUCAGAAAUUUGAGAAGAAGUACAACGCUGAAUUGGUGAAGGGGGGCGUAUCGAAGGAGACCAAGUUUGAAUAUGCAUGGUGUCUGAUCCGAAGCAAGUAUUCAGACGACAUCAAGAAAGGAAUCGUAUUGCUGGAAGGUGGGUAGCCUACAGUAUUUCUGUACUCAGAAGAUAAUGAGAUAUCCUUACAAAUGCCUCUCAUAAAAUAGCGAUGUACAGUGCCUUCGGAAAGUAUUCAGACCCCUUGACUCUUUCCACAUUUUGUUAUGUUACAGCCUUAUUCUAAAAUGGAUUAAAUAAAAACAAAUCCUCAGAAAUCUACACACAAUACCCCAUAAUGACAAAGCAAAAACAGGUUUUUAGAAAUGUAUGCAAAUGAAUAAAAAAUAUAAAAACAAAUACCUUAUUUACAUAAGUAUUCAGACCCUUUGCUAUGAGGCUUGAAAUUGAGCUCAGGUGCAUCCUGUUUCCAUUGAUCAUCCUUGAGAUGUUUCUACAACUUGAUUGGAGUCCACCUGUGGUAAAUUCAUUUGAUUGGACAUGAUUUUUGGAAAGGCACACACCUGUCUAUAUAAUUUCCCACAUUUGACAGUGCAUCUCAGAGCAAAAACCAAGCCACGAGGUCGAAGGAAUUGUCCGUAGAGCUCCGGGACAGGAUUGUGUCGAGGCGCAGAUCUGGAGAAGGGUACCAAAACAUUUCUGCAGCAUUGAAGAUCCCCAAGAAAACAGUGGCCUCCAUCAUUCUUAAAUGGAAGAAGUUUGGAACCACCAAGACUCUUCCUAGAGCUGGCCGCCCGGCCAAACUGAGCAAUCGGGGGAGAAGGGCCUUGGUCAGGGACGUGACCAAGAACCCGAUGGUCACUCUGAAAGAGCUCCAGAGUUCCUCUGUGGAGAUGAGAGAACCUUCCAGAAGGACAACCAUCUCUGCUGCACUCCACCAUUCAGGCCUUUAUCGUAGAGUGGUCAGACGGAAGCCACUCCUCAGUAAAAGGCACAUGACAGCUCGCUUGGAGUUUGCCAAUAGGCAUCUAAAGACUCUCAGACCAUGAGAAACAAGAUUCUCUGAUCUGAUGAAAUCAAGAUUGAACUCUUCGGCCUGAAUGCCAAUCGUCACUUCUGGAGGAAACCUGGCACCAUCCCUACGGUGAAGCUUGGUGGUGGCAGCAUCAUGCUGUGGGGAUGUUUUUCAGUGGCAGGGACUGGAAGACUAGUCAGGAUCGAGGCAAAGAUGAAUGGAGCAAAGUACAGAGAGAUCCUUGAUGAAAACCUGCUCCACAGUGCUCAGGACCUCAGACUGGGGCAAAGGUUCACCUUCCAACAGGAUAACGACCCUAAGCACACACCUGAGCACAUAGACAAGACAAUGCAGGAGUGGCUUCGGGACAAAUCUCUGAAUGCCCUUGAGUGGCCCAGCCAGAGCCCUGACAUGAACCUGAUCAAAGAGAGACCUGAAAAUAGCUGUGGAGCGACGCUCCCCAUCCAACCUGACAGAGCUUGAGAGGAUCUGCAGAGAAGAAUUGGAGAAACUCUCCAAAUACAGGUGUGCCAAGCUUGUAGCGUCAUACCCAAGAAGACUCAAGGCUGUAAUCACUGCCAAAGGUGCUUCAACAAAGUACUGAGUAAAGGGUCUGAAUACUUAUGUAAAUGUGAUACUUUUUAUUUUUAAUAAAUUAGCAAAAAUUGGGUGUUGUGUGUAGAUUUUAUGAGAAAAAAAACAAUUGAAUCAAUUUUAGACUUAACCUACCAAAAUGUGGAAAAAGUCAAGGGGUCUGAAUACUUUCCGAAGGCACUGUACAUGAGUGAUUGGAUUUCCAUCUUUUUGGAAUGAAAUGCUGACAUAAUGCAACGUAAAAUGCAUUGGCCUACUUAACCCGCCUAUAAUAAUGUUACUGGGACUGUUGCUCAAUUUGUUUUAUAGAGCUGGUUGACAAGGGAUCAAAGGACGAUGCCAGAGACUUCCUGUUCUACCUAGCUGUGGCCAACUACAAACUUAAGGUGACGUUCACUCUACUACUAUAUUACCCCCAGGUUUUAAGAGUUAACUUAUUGUAAUGAAAUAGAUUACUCUGUCUCCCAUCUCUCUUGAGUUGAUUGCGGAAGAUAUCAUUGCACCUCUUACUCAAUUGUAUCUCUCUCUCUCUCACUCCAUCUCUCUCUAUCGCUCCAUAUAUCUCUUUAUCAGCACAGGAUUAUGAGAAAGCGCUGAAGUACAUCCGCACUCUCCUGAAGAAUGAACCUGGGAACAAACAAGCCUUGGAGCUGGAAAAGCUCAUAGACAAGGCUCUAAAGAAAGGUCAGUGGCGAAGAACAGGGAGCAUAUAUGAAGGCUGGGUCUCAACAGGGAGUAUCCCCCCCCCCCCCCCCCCCCCAUAAAAAAAAAAAAAAGAAAUAGGGUGGUUGUCCAACUGCCUAUCAUAUGUUGAAUGCACCAGUUUGUAAGUCGCUCUGGAUAAGAGCGUCUGCUAAAUGACUUAAAUGUAAAAAAUCUAUCAAGGCUGUGUCGCAAUAGUUCUAAUUUGAAUCAUUUCCUUGUCUCCUUUCCUCCAUGAUCACUGAUGUGGCAGGACAUGAUGGUAGAAGCUGGAUAGGUAUAAGUAAAAGGGCAAUGUUAGUGUUUUGACGUUCACUUUUUUCCACACAGAUGGCUUGGUCGGCAUGGCGAUCGUCGGGGGAAUCGGCCUGGGCGUGGCCGGAUUAGCAGGCCUCAUCGGAUUGGCUGUGUCAAAGGGUCAUGGUCCAAGGUCCUAAUAUGGAGUGGGGAGGGCCUUAGCUUUACUAACACACCUCAAAGAAAGACUGACGACACGCAUUCUCUAAACUUCUCCCCCAUAACAAAUUCAACUAAGGUUGGAAAUGGCUGGCGUUUCCAAAGACGAGAACAUCUCCCAAAAACACUUCACUCAUAUUGUCCAUGGAAUAAUGUUUGGAUAUUGGUUUCUGAUAAUAGCCUUCAUUUCACUUAAAUUGUCUUUGUAUUUUAACAGGUGUUUUGAUUCCAGUGAAUUUGACAAUGUAUAUUCAUACAGCAGUAUAUUGUGCAAUUUGUUUUCUUCCAUAUUAUACUUUGUAAAUAAAGUUGAUGAAACAUGUAGCUGAAUGGAAUGUCAUUUCUUGACUUACUGCCCUCAGUAUGUUAAUUAGCAUGCCUCCUGAGCAAAUAAUUUCCAAGUUAGCAUUUAAGCAUGUGGUGGAUUUUGUAAUUGACUUCUUUAUAAAAGUG